AAGGAUCGCCAUUUCCCCGCUGCUAGAUUCUGUGACGUUCUGCUGGGAAUCCGGUAACCCCGCAUUACUGCGGUAGGUGUUCCGAAAACUGGAGAGUUCAUUGCGUUAUUUUUGCUCCGGUUUUGGGUUUAUUAGUGUGUGUUUAUCGUGGGAUGGAGGUCGACUCGGGCAGCUCCUCUCCGGGCCGGAAGCGGCGGCUCCUCCGACUGUACUACAGUUCAGGCCCGGAGCCGCCGCCGCAGCAGCAGGAGCCGGAGCCCUGCGACAUCAAUGGGGCUCACUUUGACCCAGAGAUUUACCUCAAUAAGCUGAGGAAAGAGUGUUCUCUGGCAGAGCUGAUGGAUCAGGAGAGCUGUAUGGUAAAACAGAUAAGAUCCCUCGACAGCGACAUGCAGACACUUGUUUAUGAAAACUACAAUAAAUUCAUUUCUGCAACAGACACAAUCAGGAAGAUGAAGAAUGACUUUAAAAAAAUGGAGGAUGAGAUGGACUGCCUGUCUACCAAUAUGUCUGCCAUAACUGAGUUCAGUGCGAGGAUCAGUGGAACGCUGCAGGACCAGCACACCCAGAUCACAAAACUGUCAGGUGUUCACACUCUCCUGCGGAAGCUGCAGUUUCUGUUUGAACUGCCGGCGAGGCUGAAUAAGUGUUUGGAGCUGCAGGCGUAUGCUCAGGCGGUGAGCUCUCACCGGCGGGCACGCUGUGUGCUUCAACAGUACAGCCACAUGCCCUCUUUCAGGGGCAUCCAGGAUGACUGCCACGCCAUCAUGGAGCGACUUGCACACCAACUACGGCAGAAAUUCAGGGAUGGCGGAACAAGUGCUAAAGAGCUGUCAGAGUGUGUGGAGCUGCUGCUGCAGCUGGAAGAACCGGCAGAGGAACUCUGCGAUAAAUUCUUAAGUCAUGCUCAAACCAGGCUAGAGGAAGACCUCCGGAGCCUGGAGGCUGAGCUUAAAGAUUCAACAGUCACUAAUGUCUCUGGAGACUCUGCCCGGAAUCCCUCAUCUCCAUCAGAAACCUUGAUGUCCAUUCAUUUAAUCUCCCCAGCUUCCCGAGCAGAUAUUUUAGAGUUUAUUGAUCGGGGAUGUAACGAGUUUGUGAGUAAUCUGUGCCUGGUCAUUGCUUCCUAUCAGGAGCUAUUUAUUAACCGUCCACAAGAGGGCAAUCUGGCAUUCAAAAAUAUCCCUCAGAUGGCCAACAGCAAACUGCACCUAUUCGUAGACUCUCUAGCAUCCAAAUAUUUCUCCCUGGUGGAGCGAAGAAUUCAGGAAGAGAAGGGUGUUGGAGAUAACUCCUUGUUGGUCAGGGCACUGGACCGAUUCCACCGCAGGCUACAGGCUGUGUCUAAGCUCCUGCCUGGAUCAGCUGUGCCAAGCCAAGGUACUGAGAUUGUCAUCCAGGCAGCGAGAGAGAGAAUCAAACAGUACUUGUCUGCUUUACAGAGCUUCUACCUGGAAAGUCUUACAGAUAUUAGGCAGGCCCUGGCAGCCCCACGGCUUUCUGUGGGUGGGACAAACACGGCAGGAGGCGGAGUGCACACAGGGGCCUGUACUCCUGGUAAAGAAGCUCCACCCAGUCUCCCAGAGCUACUGAGCUCGCUGUCCAACUCAAUCCUGAACCAAAUCAAAUCUGUAUUAGCCUCUGUGCAUCUCUUCACUACAAAGGACAUCACCUUCUCCAACAAACCGUAUUUCAGGGGUGAGUUCUGCAGUCAUGGAGUGAGAGAAGGACUGGUGGUAAGUUUUAUUAAGUUUAUCUGUCAGUCGUCUCGUAAUUUCUGUGAAAGUGCCGGAGACAGAGGUGGAUCCACACCUCCAGUACUUCUGCUGCUGUUGUCUCGACUCUGCCUGGAUUAUGAAACUUCCACUAUCUCCUACAUCCUCACACUGACCGAUGAGCAGUUCCUCGUUAUGCACCAAUCUCCAGUGACUGCAGUGACAGCCCUGUGUGAAGAGGCUCGAGAGGCAGCACAAAAACUGCUUAACCACUACGUAAAGGUGCAAGGAUUAAUAAUCUCUCAGAUGUUGAGAAAAAGUGUGGAAACCAGAGACUGGGUGAACACUAUUGAGCCUCGGAAUGUGCGAGCAGUAAUGAAAAGAGUGGUGGAGGAUACCACCUCUAUUGAUGUUCAGGUUGGGUUACUGUAUGAAGAGGGUGUGAGGAAAGCCCACAGCAGUGAUUCUAGCAAAAGAACGUUCUCGGUCUACAGCAGCUCCAGACAGCAGAUUCGCUAUGCACCAAGUUACACACCAAGUGCUCCGAUGGACACAAACCUUCUUAGCAACAUCCACAAGCUUUUCUCAGAGAGGAUCGACAUCUUCAGUCCAGUGGAGUUUAAUAAGGUGUCCGUCCUCACCGGGAUUAUCAAGAUCAGUCUGAAGACGUUUCUAGAGUGCGUGCGCUUGCGGACAUUUGGACGCUAUGGCCUGCAGCAGAUCCAGGUGGAUUGCCAUUACCUGCAAAUGUACCUGUGGCGAUUUGUUUCUGAUGAGAACCUGGUGCACUUCCUACUGGAUGAGAUUGUGGGCAGUGCAGCCCACCGUUGUCUUGACCCCAGCCCGAUGGAGCAGAGUGUCAUUGAGGUCAUCUGUGAACGAGGCUAAACACAAGCGCAUACUUAGGACACGUACAGUUGAAAGAUAAACUCCACCAAUGUUUUGAAAUUCUCUGCGUAAUUAAACAGAGCUUUUUUAAAUAAUAUAAUUCAGAGUGCAUUUGGUGUGCAAGCACAACAUUAAUAAUCAUAAUUGUUCACAGUGGUCUUGAUGUCCUAAAAGCUCCCCCACAGAAAUGUAUUACUCUGACACUGUUUUACAUUAUUUUUGAGAUUUUGGGUUGUGCUUUUAAAACUGUGAGUGGUGGAGAGACAAAAAAUAGGCAUCCCAAAAAUAAUGAAUACAUCUUUCACCUGUACGUGUCUGUAUUUGUGGUGCCUGUUUUUUUUCACCAUAUCUGAGUUGACAAGUUUCUCUACAGUACCUGUUUUACACCAAACCCCACUCUGAACGUGUUUAACACUCAAGUUACAGAAAAGCAAGGGAAAUGCCAUUUUGCCACUUGUGUAGAAGUGUAACUAAGGAAAGAAUUGUAUGCCGUUUUAAUUUAGCUAAAUUUUACAUUUGGUUUAAAAGAAAACAAUGUGUUUAUCUUCAAAUAUGUUUGUCUGGUGGUGACGAGUUAAAGUCAUUAUAUUGUUGCUGUCAAGAUUGUGCUUUUAAAAAGGAUCUGUGUACAUGAGCUCUGUUUUGAUGGGUGACCCCCUAAAUUGUGCCUUUGUUACUAAGAAGUUCAAACUAAAACAGUCCAAUAAGCUUACAAGUGAAUUGGGUGUAUGCAGAGUGAACAGAUGGAUAUACUCGAUGUAUCUAUGAUAUAUACACAUUUGUACUGAUAAAAAAACAUGCAAAUGCAAAAAAAAGAAAGUACAUCUGGGAAUGAAAUGCUAUAUAGCCGUAUUAAGUUAACAAAAAAUUAACCUUUUUUAAGUAGUACACGCUUGCAGAUAAAAGAAGUAAAAGAAAUCAUUUAAAGUUAUAAAACAAGUGUCUGUUAUCAUGCACUACCUGACUCAUCCGAAUCAGUAAAUCAAACAGUUCAAUAAUCAAUUAUUCUUUUCAUUAAUUGCAACAUUAAUACUGGAAAAUAAGGUGUUUAAUGUUGCUCUGUAACAUGCUGUAUGUGUAUUUAUAGCCGAGUUGAAUAAAUUGGAUUAAACACUGUA